UCUUUUCUUUCGUCAUUUUUGUCCUUUUGUGAAGAUAGAGCAAGAGUAAACGGUAUUCAUAUUUUAGCAGCAGCAUCUCAGCAUUCAGUAGAAUAACGAAGAUGGAGAUGGCGAUCUGCUUAAUUUUGGUUGCCGCCAUAUUUACUGCUCUCUUCUCUCUGGCAGCUCUCGUUCCGCCAGUCGAAUCUCAGGUUCCACCAUCGUCCGGUCAACAGAAUCAAAAUUCGGUGAUGUACGAAUUGCAAGAAGCGAAGCUUAAAAUCGCUCGAUUAGAAUCCAUCCUUGACGAAAGCAUGCCGAGUUUAAAUGCUAAAAGCCAAUACAUUAGAGAAGCUGAGAAGAAAAUCGAGGACAUUAGUGUAGAAAUUGACAAUCUUACAACCUCUUUGUCCAAAUUGCAGCAUCACUCGUCAAGGAUUAAUACUCUAGAAGAAAAGGUACGACUGCUUUGGGAUGUGGCGAGAAAGAACAACUUUGAAAUUCAUACAUUGGAGUUCAAAGCACAAGAUGGUCAGAAAAGAUUAAAAGUUCUUGCGUCUCAAGUUGAAAAGAUGGCUGAAAUUGUGUCUGAACAAUGGAUUCAGAUACAACAACUUGAGCAAGCUGUUCAAAUGGCAGAGAUGAGAACACUGAAGGUCAAAAGGCAACUAAGGUCCAGUAAAUGUCCAUUUGUCAAGUUCAUCAAAAACGUUUUUGGCAACCACCUCGAAACGUUGAAGGGGAUUCUGCAUCCAUAUGGAUCAUACAGCAAGGCUGAUCCUAAUUCCUACUGGGAUCAAGCUUUGCAUCACAUACAGAGGACCUUUGGAUCUGCAAGACAAUACCAUUAUGAGCUGCAGAAGUUUGUAAAGCAUGAAAUAGAAAGGAAUGAAUUUCCUGCGGCUUUAGCUAAUGAAGAAGUGGUGUUCUUAGUGGCCUCAGCUCUGAUCGUCUUUCCCAUUUUAAGUGUAUUCAUGCUUCUCUUCUCACACCUUAGCUAGGCGGAUACAAACAUAUUUUUUUGAGAAAGGUACCAGUAUAGGCGUCAGGCGAUACAGGCAUACUUAUUCAUGGAAAGAUACUGGUGUAUUACGCCAAGAAUGAAGUUGAGGUAGUGUUUUGUCAGGUUUUUGUUAUAAGAAAGUUUUGAAGGUCGACAACCUGUACGAGAUUGGGUAAGAUUCGCCUCAAAGCGAUGAUUGGUUUACCAAACAAUUCGCUCAUGACAACCAAGAAUUAUUACACGAAAAGAAGCAAAUCAUGACCACGUGAAAUUUUUGAUCUCUUGUACACUUUGUAGAUAUUCACCUCAACAAAUGCCAUUUCUCUAUUUGAGGAAAUUCAUAUGGUUCUUCUUGGUAGUUGUUACACUAUGGAUGUGGAAAGUGAUCGUAGCUUAAUUGUCAGCUACUGCCAGUUACUGGAAUGUCAGUGCUGCUUUUGUUAUCAAUUAAAUGCAGUACUCUUCUUGUUUGGCCCCAA